AUCCUUUAAAGCUAAAAGAUAAAUGCAGUAGGCCUAUCAGUUGAAGUCGGUUCUCAGACAGACAUUAACUCUAUUGGCAGUUCUGUCUUAUCCGGUUUAGAUGUAGAAUAGCCCCUUCGAGUUUCAAGCAUUGGGCGUUCGAUCAGUAGCCUUCUGGCGUAUUGCCGUUAAGAGAAACAUCCGUAACUGUUGGAGCUGGACUCCUGAUAAUGGGAUUCUUCAUCAUAGCUCUCCUGUCUCUCUCUGCCACUUUUCUGGCUGUAGGUGGAGACACCCCAGAUGUCACUCAAUCAGUGGCCUCUCCUGUUCCUCCAUGCCAUGACUGGGGGGAGUCAAGAGAAGGAGCAGUGCAAGUCCUGGAAGGAGAGGCCGGUUGGCUGGACUGCCCUCUCUUCUCUCAUCCCACCAUCUAUAACUAUAGUUCAGCCGUGGCAGCAGGCCUUAACCUGGUGUGGUACCACAUGGCUGCAGGGCAGGACCUGGAGCAGCCGUUAGACUUCCACCAGCCUGACCACAGGCUGAGCAAGGAGAGAGACAGGCUGUGGCUGGAGCCCGUCAUCUCUCAGGACACUGGCCAGUACCUCUGCAUGCUACGAAACAAGACAUCUUGUGCUAAAAUUGCUGUACGUCUUGAGGUGAAACCCCAUUCUCAGAACCCUGGGUGUGAGGUAGCCUCUACCGUGUCCUCUCAGCCAGUCGUCAUCCCGAUACAGGAGGGGAAGACCCUUAGCUGCCCAGACGUGCCCAGCACCAAACACUCAGUCCUCUGGUUCUACGUAUCUACACACCCCUCUCAGGAGUGUAAGAUGUAUCCUUUUUGGGAUAAAGAUCGUGAGGUCCAGGGUAACAACCUGGUGGUGCACAACAUGCUAGAGCUGUACCAGGGACAUUACUACUGUGUGGUGACCUAUGAGAGCAAAGGAAAAAUCAUGAACUUCACCAGGAUGAUCAACGUUACUGCAGUGUCUCCCUCCGGUUUACCCAAAGAGCCCAUGAUACUCAACCCUGACAAGAAGCAGGUCUUUACAGUUAAACUGGGCUCGGAUGUAUAUCUCAAGUGCAAAGUGAAGUUCCCCUACUUAGAGGGGUCCAAGGACAUGUGGUGGACCAUCGAUGGGAAGGCUGUGGAUAACCUAGACCCACGCAUCACCUCCAAAUCAGAGCAGGUGUCUUAUUUUUUCGGUGAUGUGGAUAUGGAGGAUGUACUACGUAUCAGAGAUUUCAACUCUGAGGACCUGACCAGAGAAUACAACUGCUCUGCUCGCAACCAGAGAGGCUCCUCUACUUGUAGAGCAGUGCUGGAGGAGGAGGUGUACCUGCCGUACGUGGAGCUGGGCUGUGGUCUGGGCGUGACCCUGUUUGUCAUGCUGGGUCUGUUCCUGGUGUAUCAAGUGUUCUGGCUGGAGCUGCUGCUUCUCUACCGCUCCUGGUUCGGCACGGACGAACGUUUCACAGACGAUAAGGAAUACGACAUCUACAUCUCAUACGCCAGAAACAGUGAGGAGGAACAUUUUGUCCUCAUGACCUUACGCCGGGUCCUGGAGAACGAACUGGGAUACUCGGUCUGCAUCUUUGACAGGGACAGCCUUCCUGGAGGGACCAUCACAGAUGAGACGUUGAGUUUUGUGGAUCGCAGUCGGCGUCUCCUCGUGGUUCUGAGUCCAGGCUAUGGACAGCAAGGGACCCAGGCCCUGCUGGAGCUCAAGGCUGGGCUGGACAGCAUGGCCUGGGGGGGUCAGCUGCGGGUCAUCCUGCUGCAGUACAAGCCUCUAAACCGGGACUCCUGGGUUCGAGAGCUGAGGCGGGCUAGGUUGGCCCUGGUGCUUGUUCGCUGGCAGGGGGACAAGUCUAUCAGUCUGUCUUCCAGGUUCUGGAAGCGUCUUCGUUUAGAGCUUCCGGUCAGGAGGAUGAAAAGCAUGAAGCCGUGUGAAGGCAGUGUCGUGCCGCAAAAAGACACGCCGCAACACAUACAGAGAGAACACAACGCCGUAUAUUACACUUUGUGAAACUAACACGGGGCGAUCUUCACAAACCAGUUGUGUAAUGUUAAAUAAUUCAUUUCACUUUUAUAUCCACAUUGUGUUUAUCAUAAAUGUUUGCCAUUUGUGUUUAGUAGUUUUUUUAUUUGAUUGUUGUAUUAUUUCACGGUCACUUGUUUUGUCAUUUUUUAUAAUGUUUUUUUGCAUUCAACUUAAACUGCAAAGCAUUUUUAUGCCACACAUUUCUAAAUGUAAGGAAACAGGAUUACAUAGUUUUCUUGAAAUACUGCAUCUCAAGCUGCCUUAAUUAGAGUUGCUGUGAAAGGUUGCUGUAAAACUAAAAGCAGAUCAAAGCAGCUAAGAUCCAGUGACAUAUCCACCUAAAUUACUCAUUCACUUUUUUCUUAUUUGUACUUUUUCAUAGUUUGUACAUAUGUUGACAUUUGUGUAACAUUUACAUAUCAAAAAAAGAUUUUGUAGCGAUGAUAUUCAGUAGUGUACAGCAGUCUUAAGUACCCAAGAUUUUUACAUUCAUAUUGUCUUUUAUAUAUUAUUUUUGUAUAUUUUGUAUUUGUGCAGCAGUAAGAGCAAUUUCGUUUUUUUUCAUUGUCUUUUCAUUUCAUUAUUUCUCAAAGCAUUUUUGGUUAAAUUACACAAUAAUAAAAAAUUG